AUGCAAAAUUUGGUCAUAACCGCUACACUGUACUCCGGCGGGUCGGACAAAACCUCUACACUGUACUCCGGCGGGUCGGACAAAACCUCUACACUGUACUCCGGCGGGUCGGACAAAACCUCUACACUGUACUCCGGCGGGUCGGACAAAACCGCUACACUGUACUCCGGCGGGUCGGACAAAACCUCUACACUGUACUCCGGCGGGUCGGACAAAACCACUACACUGUACUCCGGCGGGUCGGACAAAACCUCUACACUGUACUCCGGCGGGUCGGACAAAACCACUACACUGUACUCCGGCGGGUCGGACAAAACCUCUACACUGUACUCCGGCGGGUCGGACAAAACCUCUACACUGUACUCCGGCGGGUCGGACAAAACCUCUACACUGUACUCCGGCGGGUCGGACAAAACCUCUACACUGUACUCCGGCGGGUCGGACAAAACCGCUACACUGUACUCCGGCGGGUCGAACAAAACCUCUACACUGUACUCCGGCGGGUCGGACAAAACCGCUACACAUUACUCCGGCGGGUCGGACAAAACCGCUACACAUUACUCCGGCGGGUCGGACAAAACCGCUACACUGUACUCCGGCGGGUCGGACAAAACCGCUACACUGUACUCCGGCGGGUCGGACAAAACCUCUACACUGUACUCCGGCGGGUCGGACAAAACCGCUACACUGUACUCCGGCGGGUCGGACAAAACCGCUACACUGUACUCCGGCGGGUCGGACAAAACCUCUACACUGUACUCCGGCGGGUCGGACAAAACCUCUACACUGUACUCCGGCGGGUCGGACAAAACCUCUACACUGUACUCCGGCGGGUCGGACAAAACCGCUACACUGUACUCCGGCGGGUCGGACAAAACCGCUACACAUUACUCCGGCGGGUCGGACAAAACCGCUACACUGUACUCCGGCGGGUCGGACAAAACCUCUACACUGUACUCCGGCGGGUCGGACAAAACCGCUACACUGUACUCCGGCGGGUCGGACAAAACCUCUACACUGUACUCCGGCGGGUCGGACAAAACCGCUACACAUUACUCCGGCGGGUCGGACAAAACCGCUACACUGUACUCCGGCGGUUCGGACAAAACCGCUACACAUUACUCCGGCGGGUCGGACAAAACCUCUACACUGUACUCCGGCGGGUCGGACAAAACCUCUACACUGUACUCCGGCGGGUCGGACAAAACCUCUACACUGUACUCCGGCGGGUCGGACAAAACCUCUACACUGUACUCCGGCGGGUCGGACAAAACCGCUACACUGUACUCCGGCGGGUCGGACAAAACCGCUACACAUUACUCCGGCGGGUCGGACAAAACCGCUACACUGUACUCCGGCGGGUCGGACAAAACCUCUACACUGUACUCCGGCGGGUCGGACAAAACCGCUACACUGUACUCCGGCGGGUCGGACAAAACCUCUACACUGUACUCCGGCGGGUCGGACAAAACCGCUACACAUUACUCCGGCGGGUCGGACAAAACCGCUACACUGUACUCCGGCGGGUCGGACAAAACCGCUACACAUUACUCCGGCGGGUCGGACAAAACCUCUACACUGUACUCCGGCGGGUCGGACAAAACCGCUACACAUUACUCCGGCGGGUCGGACAAAACCGGCUACACUGUACUCCGGCGGGUCGGACAAAACCGCUACACAUUACUCCGGCGGGUCGGACAAAACCGCUACACUGUACUCCGGCGGGUCGGACAAAACCGCUACACUGUACUCCGGCGGGUCGGACAAAACCGCUACACUGUACUCCGGCGGUCGGACAAAACCGCUACACUGUACUCCGGCGGGUCGGACAAAACCUCUACACUGUACUCCGGCGGGUCGGACAAAACCGCUACACUGUACUCCGGCGGGUCGGACAAAACCUCUACACUGUACUCCGGCGGGUCGGACAAAACCGCUACACUGUACUCCGGCGGGUCGGACAAAACCGCUACACAUUACUCCGGCGGGUCGGACAAAACCUCUACACUGUACUCCGGCGGGUCGGACAAAACCGCUACACUGUACUCCGGCGGGUCGGACAAAACCGCUACACAUUACUCCGGCGGGUCGGACAAAACCGCUACACUGUACUCCGGCGGGUCGGACAAAACCGCUACACAUUACUCCGGCGGGUCGGACAAAACCGCUACACUGUACUCCGGCGGGUCGGACAAAACCGCUACACUGUACUCCGGCGGGUCGGACAAAACCUGA